CUUGACUUAUAUACUUGGCCCUUAUAUAUGAUAUAUAUUAUUGAAUUAAACAGUUAAUAUUGGUGCAAGUGUUUAAACAAAUGCAAAAGAAAAAGAAAAAACGAUCUGAAACUGAGGCCUGUCAGUAGGAUAAUUAUAAGUUUAUAGGCUAUUAUUGAAAUUGUGUGCCGGCAAAAUCAAAGUGCUUGCACGUUGAUUUUGGCGCCAACUGAAUUCAAUGGACGAGGUUACGCCAAACGAAAAUGCGAAACCCCCGGCUCAAUCACCGACGCCGCGUAAACGUCUCGGUCGGCCCCCGAAGGCCCACCCAAAACCGAUUGACAAAAAUGUGGUAGCCGAGGCAACAGCUGAGGAUAUGGAGACGACGGAGACCUCGGCGGAACGUGUGCUUACAGUAUCGCCUACAUUGAGCAGCGAGUGCCGACGCAGCUCCCGCAAAAAAAUCAUUAAAUUCGAUGUGCGCGAUCUGCUCAAUAAAAACCGAAAGACACACAAAAUACAAAUUGAAGCGCGCAUUAAUUCUAAAGCACCGCCAACUGCAAAUGAUGCAACAACACCAAGCACACGUUCACUUGCCACUCUUGAUGGCGGUCCUGCAGAAUCUACAGCCACAGCAGCUCGUCAAUUGCCAUCGGGACCGCCGCCGCCGCUGGUUGAAAUCUUUGCCAAGCCAAAACUGACAAAGAACCUGAAUAUUGCCCAAGUGAACAGCGAGGAGACGUGCUUGGCUGGUCAGCAAAAGCAAAAUGAACCACCACAAGCUGGGGCAAUGCUGGUCCAACGCAAACGUGGACGCCCGCGCAAGGCACAGCCCGCGCAGGUGAUAAGAGAUGUAUGCGCGAUCCCUGCUGAAAUUACACGCAGCAUCAGCUACUCGGACUCGGAUACUAAUUCAGCCAACUCCACUGCCACUGGGGAGAGCGACGCCUGCUGUGAAAAUAAACUAAAACCCAAAUUCAAAUCCAAGUUGCGCGUGUCCCUAAAGCGCAUGAACAUGCCCAUAAGUCGGGAUUCCUUUGACUCGGGUGAGUCGUUAAAGGGCCCCUCACUGCCAUUUAACCUAUUGGAGCUGUCCACAUCUUCAUCAGAGGUACCUGCAUUGCAUGCAAUUGAUGAAGUGAAUGAGCCAAAGCCGUCGGUCAAUACCAAAAUGCCGGCGGAAACAAAAGUAAAUAUUAAGACUGAUACAAUAACAAUGCUGCCAGGAGAUGAAGAAGAUUCUGCUCCACAAAUAAUAUUUGAGGAAGUAGAAACGGCCAAGCCGGAAAAGGAUAAUGAAAUGAAGGCACGUGUAGAGCUGCCUACUGAGGAGAGUAGCAAUAAUUUCAAGCUGCUUUUCCCCAAAAAAGAAGAACAGCAGCCGGAGCAGAAGACAGAGACUGAGUCGGACUCAACGCCGAGUCUCUGCUCUGCCAAGGAUGUGGAUAAGCAACAGUUGGAUCCUGAAUCGCUGAAUCGAAUAAGUAGCUUAGGAGAGCAGAUCGCAGAAAAGCAAAACAUCGAAGCCAACUGUGAAGUGUCACCACCACCUACAAGCAAGCGGCGCAGCAAGCGUUCCAGUCUACGUGGCAGCGCACUCAGUGCAAACGGCAGCAAGAUGACGCUGGAGGAAACAUUUGCCGAAAUCGCAGCAGUUAGCUCCAAGCGAAUCUUACAGAGUGAAGCAGUCGAAGAGCCGCAGCAGCAGCAGUUGCAGCUGCAGCUAGAUGCACCCAUUGAUCUCGUCGGAAACUGUAGCAAUAUUUGCAACAGCAGCAAUAGCAAUAGCAACCUUUUCGAAUUGUCGCCACAAUUGGAGGCCAACUUGGAAACUAAUUGUAAAUUUGAAACACAAAAACGAGUGUCUAACACUUCUUUCCAAUCGGAGACCAACACCGUCCAAUUGGAAUGUGCUGCCUCAGAGCAGCUGGAGUCGUUGAAAGUAACUGCAGCGGAGGCAGCUAAAGUUCCAACUGAGCUGCCUGCGCAGGCGAUUGAUGAUAAGAUGAUUGCAACUGUAGAGCAGCAGCCCUCGCCAGAUCAGUCUGCCGCUGAAGCAAAGGAAACUCUUACGCCACUUUCUUCCCUUUCCAAUCCGAUUCUGCCAGCAGCAGCAACUGCCAUAGAGCUAUUAUCAAAUCCAUCAGAAGCUUUACUCAAACUGGAGCCGCCCACACGCAAAGCGGAACUGCCUUUAGAGCAGCAAAUGCCAAGCGGUAGUCCCACUCCCACAGCCAAUAGCAAUGUCGCAGGCAAAGCCAAGCAGGAAAAGGUGAGUGCCAGCCAGGUGCCUCCUGUGUCCAUUGUCGAGUGCGAUGCGCUGUUCAAAGCCAUGGACAAGGCCAGAGCCCAGGUGCGUCAUGAUGAGAAAACUAAAAAGAAGCUCAAGCUGUGUGCCAAGAAGCAUGCAGCUAAGCUGGAACUGCAGCCGGAGGGGCACAGCAACAGCAAUUCACCUACUGUGUCGUUGACCAACGCCAAGAAGCAGCGCCUCAAGAAGAAUACACGUCGCAAUACCAUUUGCGAGUAUCCCGCCGAGCAGUCCCCAGCGCUUUUAACCAAGCGACGUAACUCGCAGCAUCCGCAGAAGACAUCCCAGAGUCCCGAAAGCCCAACGCAGGCGGAGCCAUACCCCAAAGCGAAGCUUAAAAAAAUGUUACGCAAACGCUUGUCCAGCAGCCUGAUUCGUCAGAAUUCAGUGGACUCCAGUUCGAGCGCCUCGCAGUGUGCCUUCAGGCGCAAAUCGAGCAAAGUCAGCGAUGCAUUGCAAUUGGCGCUAACUGAAACUGAAUCUACCGAGUCCACCAGUUCCGCCAGUAAAGUGCCCAGCUGCGGCAUACCAACGCCCAUAUCGGAGCUCGAGACGCCCGAUCCGUUAAACGACAUUGCCCAGCUCAUAGAGAAUGGUGUUAAGCUGCUGGAACACAAACUGGAGGAUGCGCAGCAGGAGCAGCAGCAGCAACAGCAGUUGAUAACAAAUGUGCUGCCCGAUGAUGAUUUUGCGCAGCGAGUGGCCAACAUGGAAACACCCGCGACGACGCCCUCAUCCUCGCCACAGCCCAGCAGCGGCACCAGCUGUAACGAGGAUGCAACCCCAACUGUUGGCAGUGGAGCUGUACGACGCUCACAUCGCAUCAAACAGAAGCCGCAGCUGCCCAAGGCGAGCGUUGGCCGUGGCGUCAGCAGCAGCAGCCAGACAUCCUCCUCCAUCAGCAUGGAGGAGCAGCUGACCGAGCUGGCGCACAUCGAUGCCAUCAAUGAGCAGUUCCUGCGCCAGGAGGGCCUCAAUGUCUUUCAGCUGUUGCGUGACAAUUAUUACCGUUGCGCUCGUCAGGUCAGCCAGGAGAAUGCUGAAAUGCAAUGCGAUUGCUUCCUCACCGGCGACGAGGAGGCCAUGGGUCAUCUAUGCUGCGGCGCCGGCUGCAUCAAUCGCAUGCUAAUGAUUGAGUGCGGCCCACUGUGCACUAAUGGUGAACGCUGCACAAACAAACGCUUCCAGCUGCACCAGUGCUGGCCUUGCCGCGUCUUCCGCACCGAGAAGAAGGGAUGCGGCAUUACGGCCGAACUGCAGAUACCACCGGGUGAAUUCAUUAUGGAAUAUGUGGGCGAGGUCAUUGACAGCGAGGAGUUCGAGCGCCGUCAGCACCUAUAUUCGCGUGAUCGCAAUCGCCACUAUUACUUCAUGGCGCUGCGGGGCGAGGCGAUCAUCGAUGCGACCGCCAAGGGCAACAUUUCGCGUUACAUCAACCACAGCUGUGAUCCGAAUGCGGAGACACAAAAGUGGACGGUGAACGGCGAGUUGCGCAUUGGUUUCUUUAGCGUUAAGACGAUCAUGCCCGGCGAGGAGAUCACCUUUGACUAUCAGUAUCAGCGAUAUGGACGGGAUGCUCAGCGUUGCUAUUGCGAGGCGACCAACUGUCGCGGCUGGAUUGGCGGUGAGCCGGACUCGGAUGAGGGUGAACAGCUGGAUGCGGAGAGCGACAGUGAGGCGGACAACCUGGCCGAGGAGCCGGACGAACUGGAGUCGGGACAGGGCCCGGAAACAGAUAAGAAGGCAUACAAAACCAAAUCAGCCAAGAGCAGCAAACUGAAGCCGAGCAAACCAUUGAAGGUGUCGACAGCAGCGCGCAAGAUGCGCAAGGAACUACCAAAAGCUAAGGAUCGCGAAUACAAGGCCGGACGUUGGCUACGGCCAUCCGGCGGCGGCAUUGGUGACAAGUCUGCCGCACGUAAGCUCGAAAAGCUUGAGGAUCCGGAUGUGCUCGAGCAGCUGCUGUUGCUCAAUCGCAGCGGCCUCAAGAAUCAAGUGGACACGCUGCGCUUCUCCCGUUGCAUGGUGCGCGCCAAGCUGCUGCAGACACGCCUUCAGCUGCUGGGCGUGCUGACGCGCGGCGAGCUGCCCUGCCGCCGGCUCUUCCUCGACUACCAUGGCCUCCGGCUGCUGCACGCUUGGAUCAGUGAGAGCGGCAACGAUAAUCAGCUGCGGUUGGCUCUGCUCGACGCUCUCGAAUCACUUCCCAUACCAAAUAGGACGAUGCUGAACGAUAGUCGUGUCUAUCAGAGCGUCCAGCUCUGGAGCACCAGCAUGCCAGAUGAGCAGCCGAAAGAACCACAACAACAACCAUCCCAGUCGAAGCACGAGCUGGAAGCAGUGCGUCAGCGUAUGGUGGCGCUGCUACAGAAAUGGAAUGCCCUGCCCGAAAUCUUUCGCAUACCCAAACGGGAACGCAUCGAACAAAUGAAGGAGCACGAACGAGAGGCGGAUCGUCAACAGCAGCCGCAUUACACGGCCACCGCACUGGAGGAUAGCAACAGCAACAGCGCCUCCUCAGUGCUAAACAGCGAUCGCUACAGACAGGAUCGCUUCAGGCGCGCCACCAUCAAUCGCUACGAGAAGCCCAAGCAGCCAACACGGAUGAGCGGCAACAAUACCAUCUGCAGCAUUCCCACACAGCCCAAGGAGCGCAGUGGCAACGCAGAAGGUGGCGGCGGGAGCAGUGGGAGCGGUACUGGCAAUGCCAACAGCAGUUUCUUCAAUGGCAUCAGUAAAUCUGAUCCACGGAGGCGAUCCGAACCGGUGGGAGCCAGCGAUUAUGACACACGCCGCACCAUAUUCAAGAAGCUGCGACGUUCCCUAUUCGAGCGAAAGGUGGCCCAAGACGAGGCGGAGAAGCGCGUUUGCAGCGUGGAUUGGCGGGAGCACGAGCUGCGCUGUGAAUACUUUGGCGCUGAUCUGAAAACCGAUCCCAAGCAGCUGCCCUUCUAUCAGAAUACGGAGACCAACGAGUGGUUCAACAGUGAUGAUGCACCGGUGAAAGCGCCGCCACGCUGCGGCAAUGGCAACUCUAGCGGUGCUUCCAGUGAGCCACACUCGCCGGAGAGCAGCGGCGAUAGUCUGGAGUAUAGGUUGCCCGGCUGCGUAGAGCCGUUGCCGCCUUCCUGGCACUGGAGUGUAACUGCCGACGGUGAUAUCUAUUAUUAUAAUCUGCGGGAUCGCAUCUCACAGUGGGAGCCACCAAAUGCACAGCAGCGCCUGCAACAGUUGAUCGACGAUUCACCAGUGCCGGAGCGAACAACCGAAGCGGAGCACAUUGCCGACGAGCUGGUGAAGAUUGAUGUUGACUAUGUAGGCAGCCUCAGUAACAAAUCGCUGGCGCAGUACAUUGAGGCGAAGGUGCGCGAGCGACGCGAAUUGCGACGCAAUCGUCUUGUUUCGGUCUGUGUGAUCAGUCCCCGACGCGAGGAGGAUCGAAUCUACAAUCAGCUGGAGGCGCGCAGGUACAAGGAGAACAAGGAGAAAAUUCGCCGCCGCAAGGAGCUCUUUCGCUGCACCCAAAACGAGACGAACAAUACGGAUCCAUUGGCGGGCAAAUCCAGUGACAUGCUGCCCAUUCAGGGCUAUUUGUACUCUUCCGAUGAGGACGUUGACGUGGAUGCCGCUAACUUAGCGCCCGGCUGUGCUGCUCUGCCGUUGCUCGAUGUCAUUGUCGAUGGCGUCAAGGAUACGCAUGUGGACGAGCUGGAGGCACUGAAUCGCAGCCGAAACAACAACAACAUUGCCAAAAUAAGCACGAGUCACGUGGAGCCAAGCACCAGCAAAUCGGCGCUAGCUGCGCUCGGCAUUCAGCUGCAAUCAAUGCCGCUGUCCAUGUUGAGUGAGUUAGAAGGCGAUGGCCUGGUUAAACCAAAGCGCAAACUGCCCAUGCCACCACAACUACCCGAGAGCCAGAAGAAGCAUCGUGGUGAGCGUGAAAAGAAGCGUAAAACGCCACUAAGCAGCACUUCCAGCGGACGUGAGGCGUGUGAAAAGUUUCGCUUUGAGAUAAGCGGCCAUGUGGCCGAGUUCUUGCGUCCGUACCGCAAAGAUACCUGCCAUCUAGGUCGCAUCACCAACGAUGCAGACUACAAGUUUCUAAUAAAACGGCUGAGCCACCAUAUAACGACCAAAGAGAUGCGUUACUGCGACUUGAUUGGAAAUCCAUUAGCCUGCACAGAGUCGGUUAAGCACAAGUCCUUUGAAUUCAUCAACCAAUACAUGCGAAAGAAGGGGCGCGUGUAUAGGAAGCCAGCCGAUGAACCCGACUACUAAACAACAGUAUCAGCCGUACUCAGGCACGCACACCAUGGUAUCAAGCCAAUGUUUAGCAAAUGAAUCAGAUAUUUUUCAUAGUUGUGUUUUUAUUUAUGUUUUUUUUUAUUAAUAUUAUACCCAGUGUAUGGGUAUAAACUAAGUUUUUCAUUCUCAUUUUAUCAGUUUAUUCGUGGCGAUUUGACAAAAACAAAAGAUUGGU